UCUACGAGAUCGCCAAUGUACUACUACCCCUCUCAGAAUCCAUGUUCGGGCCAGAAUCGUCCGCUUUCUCUUGUUCUAUUGGGCAGCUUAAAGAUAUGCAUACUGGGGAUAUAUUACCAUCCUCGGUACAAACGACCUUGAACUACCUCGUAGUGGGUCGCUUAUACGAAAGCUACAUAUUAAGCACUUAUGAAGUCAUAUAUGCGAAAAGUUGUGUAUAAAAGAGCUUGAUCCUAGAUGUUGUUUUCUCGAGCAAGCAAUCAGGUCCUUUGCUCAUCUCCUACGCACCAUGCUGCUGCAGUCACUAUUUGCGUGGGCAUUGACUCUAGGGUCAUGCGUCGCCCAGAACAGUACAAAUGGCACAUGGCCAAUACACAACAAUGGUCUCACUACGCAGAUUGAAUGGGAUCAUUAUAGUAUGAUAGUCAAUGGACAACGUUUCUUUUUAUGGUCCGGCGAGCUCCAUUAUUGGCGAAUUCCCGUGCCGGAACUGUGGGUUGAUGUUCUACAAAAGAUCAAGGCCGCUGGUUUCAAUACAUUUGCGAUUUAUACACACUGGUACUUUCAUAAUCCAAACUCUGAAACGCUCGACUUCGAAAAUGCAGCACACGAUUUCACAAAGAUCUUUGAUCUUGCUAAAGAAUUGGGAAUGUAUGUUGUGUUUCGCCCAGGGCCUUAUGUCAAUGCCGAGUCCAAUGCUGGAGCUUUCCCAUUAUGGUUGACGACCGGGGCUUAUGGAGCUCUUCGAAAUAAUGAUACUCGCUAUACUGAAGCCUGGACACCUUUCUGGGAAAAGGUUGCCUCUAUAGUUGCCCCAUAUCAACUUACCAAUGGAGGAAAUGUUCUCACUUAUCAAAUUGAGAACGAGCUGGGCUCACAAUGGCGUGGAGCCCCAUCCAAAAAAAUUCCCAAUCUAUCUUCCGUUCAGUACAUGGAAGCAUUGGAAGCCUCUGCACGAGCUCAAGGUAUUACAAUACCAUUCCAAGCCAACGAUCCUAAUCUCAACUCAGACUCGUGGUCAAAGGAUUUCUAUGAUGGCUAUGGCUCAGUAGACAUCUAUGGUAUGGAUUCUUAUCCAGCAUGCUGGACUUGCAAUUUGACAGAGUGCGAUUCCACAAACGGAGCAUACAAACCUUUCAACGUCAUCGAUUAUUACGAUCAUUUCGAAGCAAUCUCACCAACUCAGCCAUCAUUUCUCCCAGAAUUUCAAGGUGGUAGUUUCAAUCCCUGGGGUGGCCCCGAAGGUGGAUGUCCAGAAAACUCUCCGCCCGAUUUCGCAAAUCUCUUCUAUCGCAAUAACGUUGGACAAAGAGUGACAGCCAUGAGUCUUUAUAUGCUUUACGGAGGAACUAACUGGGGUUGGUUAGCAGCUCCCGUCGUGGCAACUAGUUACGAUUACUCGAGUCCAAUCUCUGAAAACAGAAUGAUCAAUGACAAGUAUGCCGAAACCAAAUUGUUCGGCCAAUUCCUUCGUGUAGCCAAAGAUUUGACAAAGACUGAUCGAAUUGGCACAAACCAAACCGCUUCUACCAAUCCAAAUAUCGUAUACUCCGAACUACGCAAUCCAGAUACAAAUGGCGCGUUCUACGUUACGAUCCACCAGGAAUCUACAGUUGGCACCAGAGAGGAAUUCUACAUCCACGCUAACACAUCCAAAGGAGAGUUCACGAUUCCUCAAAAGGCCGCGCCCAUUGUUUUGGAUGGCUUCCAAUCUAAAAUUAUUGUCACAGACUUCAGCUUUGGAUCUCACUCGCUAUUGUACUCUACAGCUGAAGUUCUUUCCCAUUCUGUUGUAGAUGAGCAAGACAUUCUAGCUCUCUGGAUGCCAACUGGUGAAGCUGGCGAAUUCGUUAUCACUGGUGCGAAAUCCGGCAAAGUUUCCAGUUGUGGAGGUUGUUCUUCCGUUGGUUUCUACCCACAAGGGGAUGAUCUCCUCGUCACCAUCUCUCAAUCCAAAGGCAUUAGUAUCUUGACAUUUGACGAUGGACUCCGUGUUCUCGUCAUGGAUAGAUCAUACGCAUAUGAAUUCUGGGUCCCAGUUCUCACAGCAGAUCCAUUCAGUCCUGCGAACGAAACUGUGUUUGUUCAAGGCCCAAGUCUAGUCCGAAGCGUUUCCUACUCCUCCGAUGGUACAACUUUGGAGCUCACCGGAGACAACAAUGGAACUUCGACACAGAUCGAGGUUUUCCCACCCAAGGUCGUAAGCAAAGUUACAUGGAACGGUCAAUCCAUUACGACAUCCAAGACAGAUUACGGUAGCUUAAUCGGCAGUCUCACCGGUCCGACACUUGAUUCUUUGACUUUACCAGAGAUUUCUGGCUGGAAAGCAAACGACAGCUUACCUGAACGUCUAUCUACAUAUGAUGAUAGCUGGUGGAUCGCUGCCGAUCACAUGAACACUUCAAAUCCAACCAAGCCAGAAACACUUCCAGUGCUCUACAUCGAUGAUUAUGGAUACCAUGUUGGAAAUCAUCUCUGGCGUGGAAGAUUCGAAGGUUCAGCAAGCGGAGUAUAUCUCAGCGUCACUGGAGGUCGUGCUUUCGGCUAUAGUGCCUGGCUGAAUGGCGAGUUUAUCGGCUCAUAUCUAGGAGCUGCUUACCCAGAUACAGGAAAAUUGACACUUUCCUUCAGUAAUGUCACCGUCAACUCGAAUUCUACCAAUAUCCUUCUCGUUCUUCAGGAUAACUCUGGUCAUGAUGAGACCAGCGAGGCACUCAAUCCACGAGGAAUCAAUAAUGCAACCUUAAUCAGUUCUUCUGCCAAGAAUUUCACAUCAUGGAAAGUCACCGGUACGGCUGGUAAGCCAGAUACAGCAAUCGAUCCUGUCCGUGGUAUUCUCUCAGAGGGUGGUCUCUACGCCGAACGUCUCGGAUGGCAUCUUCCAGGUUUCGACGACAGUGAAUGGUCCUCCGCAUCCCCAAGCAACGUUUCUUCUUCAGCCGGCGUAACAUUCUACCGCACCACCGUUCCUUUAGCCAUUCCUACAGGUCUCGACGUGGCAAUAUCUUUCACACUCAACGCUUCACCCUCAAACGCAGCUCUUCGUGCCCUUCUUUUCGUGAACGGAUACCAAUAUGGACGAUUUAGUCCCUGGAUUGGAAACCAAGUUGAAUUCCCUGUACCACCUGGAAUCUUAAAUUACGAUGGGGAUAAUGUUAUUGGGUUGAGUGUUUGGAGACAAGAAGAGGGUGGUGAGAGUAUGGGUGUUGAUGUUGGAUGGAAGGUUACGGGGGCUUUUGCAAGUAGUUUUGAGCCCAUCUUUGAUGCAACAUACUUGCAGCCCGGAUGGACUGAGGAGAGAUUACAGUAUGCUUGAUGGCUGUAUCGUUGUAAUAAUGAUUUGAUGUAUUAUGGAGGAAAACGUUUAUUGUACGAUUUAAAUUUAUGUCGAUGUCACGAAAUUUAUUUUGUGGCACCCUUGAUUUAUGCUGUUGUCGUUUUUGAAAGCAGAGUUCUUGUCCUAUUGAAUUUCUCGCGUUUUUGCUUCGUGGCAUUUGAUAUUAUUAACUAACAUAUUAUCAACCAACAUAUGUUGUAUC